AUGGAGCCCUGGGUGAUGCUGGAUCCACGGCAGAGAGCCCUGUAUCGGGACGUCAUGCAGGAAAGCUAUGAGACCCUGAUGUCCCUGGCACUAUUUCCGAUUUCUAAACCCGACCUGAUCUCCUGGAUGGAACGAGGGGAGGAGCCGUCCGCCCGGGAUUUCCAGGGACGGGAGAGCCCCCGAGGAGCCCACACAGCUGAUGGUUUGGUGAGCGACAACGAGGAGGAGGAUGCUGACGAGGAGGAAGAGGAGGAGGAAGGCUCAGAGGAGCUGGAACCACGCACGUCUCAGAACCCUGAGUGGGAAAAGAGCCCUGCCGACUCCGAUGAACAAAAGAAAGCCCAGCCAGGGAAGAAGCAUGACAAAGCCACGCAGCGCGGCCCAGGCCUGAGGAAGCCAAAGGGCACGGUGGCCCAGACUCGCUGUGGCGACUGCAGGAAGAGUUUCGAGUGUGGGGUGGCUGGGGGCCGGCAGCGGAAGGGCAAGCCGGCCGAGGAGCGCGCCAAACCCUUCCGCUGCCAGGACUGCGGCAAGAGCUUCAUCUGGGCCUCGCACCUGGAGCGGCACCGGCGCAUCCACACCGGCGAGCGCCCCUUCCGCUGCCCCGAGUGUGGGGAAAGCUACAGCCAGAGCUCCCACCUGCUGCAGCAUCGCCGCACCCACACCAGCGACCGACCCCACAAGUGCGGCGACUGCGGGAAGCGCUUCGCCCGGCCUGACGAGCUGGCCGCCCACCAGCAGGGCCACGCGGCAGACAAACCCCACAAGUGCAGCCACUGCGGCAAGGGCUUCAUCUGGGCCUCCCACCUAGAGCGGCACCGGCGCAUCCACACCGGCGAAAAGCCCUUCAAAUGCCCCGAGUGCGGGGAAUCCUUCAGCCAGAGCUCCCAUCUGGCGAAGCACCGGCGCAGCCACACAGGGGAGCGCCCCUACCGCUGCCCGCACUGCGGGAAAAGUUUCUGUCAGAGCUCGGACCUAGCCCGCCACAAGCGGACCCACCUGGGAAAGAAACCCCUGCGCUGCGGCGACUGCGGGAAGUGCUUCCGGGCCGGCCCGGCCCUGGCCCGGCACCAGCGCUCCCACCGGCGGGAGAGGGCCCACCGCUGCGGUGACUGCGGCAAAGGCUUCGUCUGGGCCUCUCACCUGGAGCGGCACCGGCGGGUCCACACGGGCGAGCGCCCCUUCCCCUGCACCAGCUGUGGGGAGCGCUUCGCCCAGAAGGCCCACCUGCUCCAGCACCGCAAGACCCACUCCCCCGACCGGCCUUACAAGUGCGGGGACUGCGGCAAGCGCUUCGGGGACAACGCCGCCUUCCUGGCCCACCAGCAGGGCCAUGCAGCGGAGAAGAGCUACAAGUGCGGCGACUGCGGGAAAGGCUUCGCCUGGGUCUCCCACCUGGAGCGGCACCGGCGCAUCCACACCGGAGAAAAGCCUUUCAAAUGCCCCGAGUGCGGGGAAUCCUUCAGCCAGAGCUCGCAUCUCACCAAGCACCAGCGCAGCCACCUGGGCAAGCGGCCCUACAAGUGUAGCGAGUGCGGGAAGGCCUUCGGCCUCACUCUCGACCUCAUCAUCCACCAGCGGACCCACAUGGGUGGCAAACCCUAUAAGUGCUCCCGGUGCAGGAAAGGAUUCACCCGCCGGGCCAACCUCAUCAAACACCAGCGGAGCCAUGGGGAGGAGGAGCCCUGA